AUGUACCACAACCCCACCGCCCGCACCUUCCGAUCCACCUCCUCCAUCGCCCCCGCAGUCCUCGACUUCCACAAAACCCUCCCCUCCUACGCCGCUACGCCCCUUCUCCGCCUCCCAAACACGUUCUCCACCUCGCUCGGCCUCUCCUCCGUCUUCCUAAAAGACGAAUCCAACCGCUUCGGGCUCCCCGCCUUCAAAAUCCUCGGCGCACCAUGGGCCUGUUACCGCACAAUCAUCAAGAAACUUGCACUUUCGCCCACUGCGUCUUUGCAGGAUAUUGCUGCGGCUGCCAGAGGGAGGGAAAUUAGGUUUCAUGCCGCUACGGAUGGGAAUUUUGGGAGGGCCGUGGCGAGGAUGGCGGGGACGGUGGGGGUUGAGAGCAGGAUCUAUGUGCCGAGGAUUAUGGUUGAGGAGACGAAGAGGUUGAUUGGGUCUGAGGGGGCGGAGGUGGUUGUGGCGGGGGGUGAUUAUAAUGAUGCUGUGAAGACGGCGGCGCAAGGGGCUGAGGAAGAUAACGGAAGAUUGGGGCUGUUGGUGCAGGAUGAUGCUUGGGAGGGGUAUGAGGAGGUGCCACAGUGGGUGGUGGACGGUUACUCGAGCAUGAUGCUCGAAAUUGAUGAGCAGAUGCAUGACGCCGUAGAAAAAUCCCCUGAUAUGGUGGUUGUGCCGGUAGGCGUGGGUUCGUUGGCUCAAGCUGUAGUAGUUCAUUUCAAAUCUAAAGAUCAAUCCCCUAUGGUGGUGACUGUGGAGCCCGACACAGCAGCUUGUCUGAAAACCAGUCUGGAAGCAGGCCACAGGGUCACCAUAGAGACUGGAGACACAAAUAUGUGUGGUAUGAAUUGCGGGAGUGUUUCAUUCUUGGCCUGGCCAUACCUGAGAGAUGGAGUGGACGCUAGUGUGACUGUGACGGACGAGGAGUCUAGCAGAGCCUUACAGACUCUAAGAGAUAUGGGUAUCAGUACCGGUCCUUGCAGCGCAGGUACACUUGCUGCCUUACUCAAAGUUUGUGAGCGAGACAGCAGUACGCUUGGUUUGACGGCUGCCUCCAACGUCGUUAUUCUGGGGACAGAGGGGCCUAGGUGA